CAAAAAGUUGAUACAGUUUCAAUUUGGACUUCGCGAGAGAUGCAGUGAAUAUAAGAAUAAUCAGGCCAAAAGUUCAGUGAAAAAUAUAAGCAAAAACGACCCUUAUAAUAAGCUUUUCCAUAUUUUUUCCUUCUAUCUAAUAAAAAAAGAGAAAUUUGUUUAAAAAAAAAUAUCUGAAAUAUUGGUUUCAAAGUCACUAAAAUACAAAAAAAAAAUCGAAUAUUUCAAACAAUCCUACCGUUUUUAACUUCGAGCUUAAAAAAAAAAAACUUUAAUAGAAAAAGCAGGAAAAAAAAGUAAAACCAUUGAAAACUAGGUUUUGCUUACGUCUGCAGUAAGAAAAUCGAUUUUCCGAAGAAAAGACAUAUUUCGAAACAACAAAACGAUACACGACACGGCACGAAGACAAAAACGGCUAUAAAAGAAAAGUGAGACGACAAGAGAGCAUAGAGGUUGCGAUACAUAAACGAUAUGGCCGGCCAUAUGGUUUAUCAUUUUUGUGAUAAAAAUUAAUUUUGUUCAACGACCAAAAGGACACUUUUCUGCAAUUUUCCAAAAAGCAAUCGCAAAAGCUAGACAAGAUGGCUCUGUGUGUGGUUUCGGCCAUACCCAUUUUUGGGCUAGGCCUCCAGCUGCUGCUGCUGCUGCUCGUCAACCACCUGGCGUAUUGCGAAAUGUCGGUGUACCCAGCCUUCCGUAUAUUCUCAGGACUACGUCGAAAGCCCUCGGCUCAAGCCCUACAGCAGCAAUUUGAUAUUUCACCAGAUUUUUUAGCUCAACUUAUGGAAGAUAAUGCCCGACGAAGGCUACAGCAACAAUUCGAACAACAAUUAGAACUUAUCAAUUUGCAAAUGAAUCACCAUCGCCAACAACAAUACGGAGGACCAAAUCCCAUGCAAUAUGACAAUCAGAAUGAAGGUGUUGAUUUUACAUAUAAAUUUUCACCAAAUAACAAUGAUGGUACCCAAAAUGAGGAACGAAUUCCGUUUGCUGUUGAUCCCUCGGAUCCGAGAUUUUAUGAGGAGAGUCCUAAAAUGUCUGAAGAUGAUAUGUUUUAUGAGGAAGCGGACGAAGAACAGCCACAGCAGCAGCAAGAGCAGCAACAAAAACAACAACCAGUGAAACAAGUUACACAAGUGGAAACGAAACCGAACAACGAUGUUAACUAUCAUCGAGUAAAGCCUCCACUUGAUUUGACCCCAAUGAAGCCCGUACAGAAUUCGGCUUCAAAUGGGCGUGGCCGAGAUGAUAUAAAUGCUUUGAUCGAUAAGCUUCAGAAAGAAGGAAAAGCUGGUGCUAUUGUGAAUUCGCAGAUUAAGGGACAUGAUGAGCAUGUUGUUGUGCGGCAACAUAUGGGCAUCGAAGGUGAUAUGGGAAUGUAUGUGGUGGCAUUGAUUGCCGGAGUUAGUGCGGCUGUGACUGUAGGACUGAUUGCUUUGGGUAUUGCAUGGUACACUUUGCAAAAGAAAACAAAAGCGGCAGCAGAUGUUGAAUAUCCAGCUUAUGGUGUAACCGGGCCAAAUAAAGAUAUUUCACCAUCUGGUGAUCGGAGGCUUGCUCAGAGUGCUCAAAUGUAUCAUUAUCAACAUCAAAAGCAGCAAAUUAUAGCGAUGGAAAAUCGUCAAGCUGCUGAAGGUCAUGGUGGACUUUCGGAUGUUGAGAGUGACGAUGACAAUGAGGAGGGUGAUUAUACUGUUUAUGAGUGUCCUGGAUUAGCACCGACUGGUGAAAUGGAAGUCAAAAAUCCUCUCUUCUUAGAUGAUACCCCAGUUACUCCAAUAACUGCUGGUAAUCAACAAACACAAAAUCAACAACAACAACAAACCCAAUCACCCCAAAAACAACCAUCUUCACGUAAAUCAUCAAAAACAUCCAAUCAACAUCAACAACAAGCAAAUACAGGUGCUACUCCAACAUCAAAUUCAUCAGAAAAUCCAAUAAUUCCAUCAGGCGAUAAAAAGAAUGACGGAAAGUAAUUUAUUGUUAGCAAAGAAACAAACAAACAAAAAGAAAUAAUAAAUUUAAAUUAUUAACUUUUUAAUUUAACUAGA